AUGGAUCAACCCGCACAACCCAACACAGCGGCGAUGCACAGCGUGCAGCGCCGCCGAGGCUCUGUUGGCACGACUCAGCUUUUUGACAACAUUGUAUCCACAUCCAACUUCGACCGUGAUGAAGUGGACCGCUUGCGCAAACGCUUUAUGAAGCUCGACAAGGAUGCGUCAGGCACAAUUGAUCGCGAAGAGUUCCUUUCCCUUCCGCAGAUCUCAUCGAAUCCUUUAGCCACCAGAAUGAUUGCUAUUUUCGACGAGGAUGGUGGCGGUGACGUCGAUUUCCAAGAAUUUGUCACUGGGCUUUCGGCUUUCAGCGCCCGGGGCAACAAAGAGGAAAAGCUGCGCUUUGCGUUCCGGGUCUACGAUAUCGAUCGCGACGGAUACAUUUCCAACGGCGAGCUCUUCAUUGUCUUGAAGAUGAUGGUCGGCAACAACUUGAAGGAUAUCCAGCUACAACAGAUCGUGGACAAGACGAUCAUGGAAGCCGACAAGGAUGGUGACGGCAAGAUCAGCUUCGAGGAGUUUACGCAGAUGGUGGAGAGCACGGACGUGAAUCUGAGCAUGACCCUGAACUCAAUAUAA